CGAAACACCAGCAGGUCGAAUUUUCUUAAAAUUCUAUCAUUAAUUUUCUGGCAUUUUUUCGAACAGUCCUUCCUUGGUAUGUCUCAGCAAGCAGGCUACUCGCCCAGCUUCAAGCGACCGGCGGAAAUCAUGCGAAUGAGGCGGAAAAGAGCCCGAAGCGAUGCCGGUGUCUUCUCCAGCCCGAGCGGGCAGGACUCCUCCAGGAGUCCUGGACAGAGCGGCUCAUCUCCUGCGUGUGUCCGGCCUUUCUCCCCGGGGCCGCUAUUCAACCCUCAGAACUGCUCCGGAGGCGGGAUAAAACGCAGAAACCCCUUCGCAAACAUUGAAAAUACAUACAGCCCCAAAAAGAAGUUUCUGAUUCAUAACGACGACGGGAAUGCUGAAGCUACCAACAGUGACCGGAUAAAGAGACCAACAGAGAAGGGGGGAGAGGCGGACAUGUCAACAACGACAGACUGUCAAGGAGUUUUAUCUUUUAGCGCCAGUUUGACCGAGGCUGAAAAACAGGAACACCGAGAUAUCUCCAGCAAGAAGAGCCUCACUUUCUCUGAAGAUGACUCGCUGUUUGAGGAAGAGGAGGAAGACAUAAAAAGUCCCCUGCUGAAGAGUCCUCAGGCCAUCGCUCCUGCCUCUAUAGCUCCUCCCAUCUGCACGGAGUAUCCAGCAGACUGGAGCCUGAAGACCCGUCUCCUCUUCACCUCCCCGCUCUCACUGUCAUGGGCUGAACAGCCCAAAGCCCAGGAGGAAGCUCUGGGACUGAGCCAGCACUGCAGAGCUCAGUUCAGCACCCUGCCUCACAGUCUACAGGAUCCCAGGUCCUGCUCAGAGCUGCGCUGUGCCUUCCAGCAGAGUCUGGUCUACUGGCAGCACCCCUCCCUGCCCUGGCUCUCUCUGUUUCCCAGGAUCAAUGCAGAGAGGAGCUUCACAGGGAAGAGCACCCCCUGGGCGCAGGACGCAUCACUGCAGAAGAGUCUCAUGAGUGAAUGGUCGGUCAGUCUGUCAUCUCUCUACAGUCUCCUGAAGGCCAGACUCUGUCCUUACUUCUACCUCUGCUCCUAUCAGUUCACAGUGUUGUUCAGGGCAGCGGGUCUCGGUGGCUCCAGCACCAUCACAGCUUUGAUUUCUCCUACAACUCGGGGUCUCAGAGAGGCGAUGAAGGCUGAGGGUAUAGAGUUCAGUCUCCCUCUAGUGGAGGAGGAGAGGAAGAACAAGGACCAACACACACUGCACCAGGGAGAGGAGGAGGAGCACAGGAAGGGAGCGGAGGAGUGUUCUGAGCUGAAACAAGGUGUCGACUGUCAGGCAGCUGAUGAAGAGGAUGGAUGCGAUGAUGAUGAUGAUGACGGUGGCCUCUCCUGGCUGAAGGAGAUGGGAGUCCAGGACAAAAUCAAGAAGCCAGAUAGCAUCAGCAUACAGCUUCGUAAGGAGGGUCACACGGUGUGUCUGGACCAUAAACCUGAAUCGGUGGUGUGUGUGGAGGGGUCUCACACCUUCACCCUCAUCAACUUCCUCAUUAACUGUAAGAGGCUGGUGGCUGCAGCUGGUUCCCAGGCCGGGUUACCACCAACGCUGCUGGCCCCCAUUGCUUUCAGAGGAGCAGCAAUGCACACACUGAAGGCCCGCAGUGUGAACGUGAAGACCCAGGUUGGUUCUGUGUACCAGAACAUCAGCAGUCUAGAGAUCACAGGACCUGUCCUCCCCUCCUCCCUCCAUGCCAUCACCGCCCUCCUCCGUCCGUCACAGAAAGGAAACUUCUCAGCCACUCUGUACACACACACCCCGACUGCUGUCAUGAACAUAGGCAACAUCAGGCCACAGUGCACUACCUCCUCUGUGGACCUGUCCGACUGUGGGCUCCACCCUGCCUCCAUCCAGCAGCUGCAGCAGCCCUCCAGCCUGGGGAAGAGCUCUCUGACUCACAUCAACAUGAAUAACUACAGCUAUACCUGGAAGAACUGAAGGGAAGAAGCAAAAAGUCUGUUCUGUUGUUUUAGCCUGUGGAGAUUGAUCCUGAAGAGCUGCUGAUGGAAGCUUCU